AUGGUGUUGCAGUUUUAUGAAUUAAAAUGUCACAAGGAUUCUAUUCUCAGCAUCUACAGAUCGUUAUUACGAGCAUCUAUUCAUAUAAACGAGAUAUGCCCCAAGGUGGAACAGCUGCAGUGUAUCAGCAAGGUGCGAGAAGAGUUCCGCCGGUUUUCGAAGGAUAAAAGCUCUUGGCGAACACGAAAGAGGCUCAUAGACGCGGGGAUCAUAGAUCGCGAGCUUCUGGGCGCGUUUGAACAAUCUCGUGAUGUUUCUGAAUACGUGAACACCAAACUGUCUGAAGUGCUGUAUCAUCAACCACCACCACCCCCACCGCGCAAAUUACACGAUAAUCACCAAGAGCCCGAGGAUUGGGAAGAGGCCCGAAAAAGACACCAGAAAACAAAACUAGCAGGUUACGUGGUGUGCCAGAUGAAGAAAGACCAGAGCAAACACAUUCUUUCACACAAGUCGAAACUGGACAGAAAGUGGAUGGAUCAAGUGUACACCUCGCGAGCUUUAUUUGCUAGGGCCAACACAAGAUUAGGCAGAGUCAAACGAGCAGUGAAUAGACCUUUCAGAUUCAUUUACAAGGGUGUACACACAGCGAGAGGAAGGAUCUUAUUUGCGAAGACCCCGUGGGGUAAGCUUCUUUAUCAUGAUACCAGGAACUUCAUCGCCUUCAGAAGACACUACGAGCGAUUGAUAGCUGAAAAGCCUCAGAUGGAGCAAUAUAGUGCAGAAUAUGAAGAAAUGUAUUCAUUUGAGGCUAAUUGGGAAGGUUUGCUGAAAACGAGUCUUGGACCACAUUACGUAUCUGAAGAAAGCCUCAUGGGAGUUGAACCUUCAAACAGUGUUUCUUGGCCAGAGACCCUUCCUCGGUACAGGGCAGAAGUUGAGCGUUUGACUCAAUAUCACAACAUGCGAAUGUCCGAGCAUAACCGGAAACAAUUGCUUUACACCUCUAAAAUCCUUCCCGACUACAAGGGCCAACUACAGGCCAAAGCCCGCCUCCUAAGAAGAAUCAUGAAUACCACGAAAGACCGCAAAAUCGGUCCUUAUACAGAUAUGGCCGGGGAAAGCUUGAGCAAGCUACUUAAUGAUAAUUAUAUGAAGUCCGGGACCAAAUUACCGGCCCUGAAUAUUGAAUGA